AUGUUCAAGAAAUCCUCCACAGUGGCCUUCAAGGGCGAAGUGAGGAUUCGUGGCAAGGAGACGCGAGCCCUCUGCAAGGCAUUGGCGGCUUCUGCUGGGGAGGCCGUGGCUGAGGCUAUCCUGCCGAACAAGGUGGACAUUGUAGUCAGGAAGGCAGGUGGAGGAAGCUCGCUCCAGUUCAUUUUCGCAGGCGACGAGUGUGUUCUUGUGCAGCUUGACGGCAAAGCCGAUCUUGGACAGGGAGAGCUUAUGCCAACCCUCGUGUCGCUGUGGAAGGUUCCCUCCGCUGAGUCGUGGCUUCCUUGUGCAAUCAUCCAGAGGCCAGUCGCCAAGUUCGUUUUCGGAGGGGCCAAUGUGAUGGCUCCUGGCAUUCUGCGCAUAGUGCCUCCUGAAGGAAGUGAGGUGCUGCCCAGAGAGGGCAGCCUCGUUGCUGUGCGUGCGGAAGGAAAUCCUGCUGCUUGCGCGGUGGGUCGACUGCGACUACCAGCUGCAGCAGUGGGUGUUGGAACGAAGGGCGAAGCCGUCGAAGUCCUGCAUUACUUCGGCGAUGCUUUGUGGGAGGCAAUGGGAAGCCCACGGCCUGAUGGCUUCGUAGGUGCCGAGAUCCAGCCUACUGAGGUGACGGAGGUGGAGGUUUCGGCCUCGGCAGAAGCGCAAGGAUAUCCUCCCACAACGGACGCGGACGGCAAGGCCAAGGACUCCGAAGAGUCAGAGGCCAAAGCUGGACCUGACAUGGACAAGUCACUCGAAGAGACCUUGCUGCAGGCCAUCAAGACUCGCAUCAAGGAUCGGGACUUGCCCAUGGCCGGCAACGUUGCCUACACGCAGCACAUGCGACCCUGCAGGAGGGCCGGAUCCAACAUCGACGUCAAGGUUAGUUCCUUCAAGAAGCUCGGUGCAUUUCUUGCGCACGCCGAGGAGCUGGGAUGGAUUGCCAUGAAGAAGUCAUCAGAUCCGGUGGUGACCAGGAUUUUCCGCGACCAUCCCGACAUCCGGGAAUUCAAGCCGUGGCCAAAGCAUGUCACGGCAGAGGCUGACGAAGCACCAGCAGAAGCUGCAGGAAAAGAUGCGAAUUGCCCGUCUGCAGCCAUCCAGAUUGAGCUGGUGUGGAAGAUCGUCAAGCUCAAGCCCAUACUGGAGGUGCUGAAGACAGAGAUGCCCUCCGAUGAGUGCUGGACACGGGAGGAGUGUUCACAAGCGGUGAAGUUGUAUGCAGACGCUCGUGAGUUGUGGUUGAAAAACAAUCGCAAGCGCAUCGGCCCGGACCCAUUGCUGCUCUCUGCUCUGCAGACGCCAUCAGAGGAGUCGGCUGCCAGCAUGUCUCCCGAUGCCGUCACCGACAGUAUCCUGAGGGGCUUCGACACAAGCUUCGACUUCCAUGCCGCAGGUGCGAACAGAUACACGCCGUGGCCACAAUGUGACCUUGAUCCAGGGACUCGAGGCACAGAGCUUGCAGUUGCAAAGACGUGUGCUUCCUUCCAAGAAACGGAGUUGAUGAAGCUAGCCUUUUUCGGCUUACUCAUGCACAUGCGGUUCAUUUCCAAACUCUUGCGCUGUGCCCAUGGAUGUGCCGACCCCCCGCUACACCUGCCACUCAACAUACAUCAGAGAAGCGUUGGUGCCAUGGAUGUGCAAGAUGAAGCGCCUCCACAGCGGCAGCGCUCCAACAUGGCUGACCUGCGCGAGUCGCUGGCCGCUGUCGGGUGCCGCGACGAGGGAAUCAGAGGAACCUUUGCGGACAAGCUGAAGCUGAAGGCUGCGACAGACGCAGAGAUACUUCGGGACAUUUCUUCCGCUCUGUCCAGUCCUGGCCCAGAGGCCGUCCAUGCUGCAGCACUCGUCCGCUCUAUUUCGAUCACUCCGCAAGCAGCAAUCAACGUCUGCAAAUUUGUGCUACCAGCACUGUGCAGUGCUCUGCAUCGCCAGAAGGAGACGUGGCUGCUGGCCUGGGCUCUUGCAUCCAUGAUCCGCCUGGCCCAGCACCAGGAGACGCAUCACCUUCUGAAGCGAGGGGGAGCGGUCCAGACACUGGCGCUGUUUACACGGCCCUCGUACCGAUCGAGACCCGGGCAGGUGCGCCUGGACCUGAUGGCUUCCAUAGGCCUGGGAUUUCUCAGCUCUGCCGGCAAAGACACCGCUGCCUCUGUCCCUUUGAGAGUGGUUCCUGAGCUGGUGCGGUUGCUCGCUGCUCGUUUUCAAAACGAUGUUGAUCAGGUUGUGGACGGAAGGAUUUUCUGCGGCAUGCCUGUCGACUACAGGCCUCGCUUCGUCGCUCAGGCCUUGGUUGGCCUCUGCGAGGCCUCCGGCGCCCAUGUGGCCGUGGCCUGGCAAACCGUCUUGCCAUCACUUCUCAGAGACAUCUUGACUGGCGAGCUGCCCAAUGACACGGAAGUGAACCAGCCGUACGGCAGCCCGGACGUUGUGGAAAUGGCGAACAGGUGUCGGACGGCACUUCUGGCUCACGCGAAGCAAGGUGGGAUAGCAUCGGCCGAGGCCGUGGCAGCCUUGCGCUCCGCUCCAGCAGCUCCGAAAGGUACCUGGGAGAAGCGGUCGCAGGGGCAGCCCAGUACCGGACCAAAGAGUCGUCUCUGA